CAGUGCACCCCUAGAAUGUGUGAAUGUAUUUGUACUUGGACGUAUAAAGUCACCCAGUUAUUAAUUGUAAUGCCCGUGUUGAGUGGUGUUGAUUUUAUCACGUUGAUGUGGUUCUUCCUUCUGCACCUCCACCUCUCUGGCGUCUCGUGUGACUUCAGCCGUUUUUCUGACUGAGUCGCUGGAUUUCUGUCCGCCUCGUCUCUCUUCACAGCUAAUCUGACGGAAACUGAACGUCCAGCAGCUUCUGCGCUCUAAUUGUGUUCAGUGAGCUGCGAGACUCUCGGCUCAGCAAACAGCAGUCGCUCGGCAUCAGCAGAAGGCCUCACAGAAAACAACCAAAUGGGUUCAUUGGCACUCAAUGAAAAUCCUGUAACUCCUCCUCCACCUGCGAAGAGCCUCUGAAAUGCCAUCCUGCAGGAAGUUUAAAUACCUUAAACAGGUUUGAUCUGAUCAGACUCGACACUCUCUCGAUCGACAAGUACAUCAGAGACUACAGCUGAAACCACCUGCCGUACCGAAACCAUGGCGUCUGUGUCCAGCAGCUCUCUGCUCAACAAGGCGGUCCGGCAGCAGUACAUGGGCCUGUGUCAGGGCGGGAAGUGCCAGGUCACCUACAUCUGGGUGGACGGCACCGGAGAGGGGCUGCGCAACAAGACCAGGACCCUGGACUCAGAACCCACCUGCAUCGAAGAAAUCCCAGAGUGGAACUUCGACGGGUCGAGCACCUACCAGGCCGAAGGCUCCAACAGCGACAUGUACCUCAUCCCAGUCCGCAUGUUCAGGGAUCCCUUCACCCUUGACCCCAACAAACUCGUCCUCUGUGAAGUCCUCAAAUACAACCGCCUUCCUGCCGAAACCAACCAUCGCCACAGCUGCAACCAAGUGAUGCAGCAGGUGAAGGAGCACUGCUUGUGGUUCGGCAUGGAGCAGGAGUACACCCUGCUGGGGGUAGACGGGCAUCCGUUCAGCUGGCCUUCAAAAGGGUUCCCAGCACCACAAGGCCCGUAUUACUGCGGCGUCGGAGCGAACCACGCGUACGGACGGGACGUGGUGGAGUGCCACUACAAAGCCUGCCUCUACGCCGGCAUCCAGAUCUGCGGCACCAACGCUGAAGUCAUGCCGUCUCAGUGGGAGUUCCAGGUGGGUCCCUGUAAAGGCAUUGAGAUGGGCGACCAUCUUUGGGUGGCGCGCUUCCUGCUGCAUCGUGUGUGUGAAGACUUUGGGGUCGUCGCCACCCUGGACCCCAAGCCGAUAACAGGCAACUGGAACGGCGCAGGCUGCCACACCAACGUCAGCACCCAGCAGAUGAGGGAAGAAGAAGGACUGAAGUACAUUGAGCUGGCCAUUGAGAAGCUGGGCAAAAAGCACAAGCAGCACAUCGAGGUGUACGACCCGCGCGGCGGAACGGACAACAUGCGGCGCCUCACCGGUCUGCACGAAACCUCCAGCAUCAACGACUUCUCCGCUGGCGUGGCCAACCGCGGCGCCAGCAUCCGCAUCCCGCGGCAGGUGGGCAAGGACAAGCGGGGCUACUUUGAGGACCGCCGCCCUGCAGCUAACUGCGACCCCUACACCGUUACCAUGGCAAUCGCUCAAACCUGCCUCCUCGAUCCAACGGAAGAAUAGAGCAAGAUAGAGGAGUUAGCUUAGGCUGCUUUCACACUGCAGAGUGAAGGGAGAUAAAUGUGAUUGUUUUUUACUUACGGGUGUUCAAAGUGCCGUCAUUUUGUGUGGCCCCCAUCUGCAUUUAAAAAAUUAUACAAAUUUGGCUGAUAGAUGCAGAAAAGGGGUAAAAAGGGUAAAAUGAUUAAUGAAUUAAUUUUAUUACAAUGGAGAAUGUAAAGUAAAACACAAAGUGUUUCUGUUUUAUAACAAACCAUGUUUACCCACAGACUUUUACUGAAAAGACGACCAAAUUAGCUUUAAUUUAAUUUAGUAAUGCAUGAUAAACCCACCUCAACAUCAGUAUCGGCCAAUAUCAGUCUUUUUUUUUUUAACAUAUUGGUAUCGGUCUGAGUAAUAAACAACCAACAUUUAUCUUUUAUCCAUUUCUGGUUGGGAGUUUUUUUUCAAAGGUGUCGGAACAAAAGUGAAAUGUAAAUACUAUCAGUUAUCAACCACAAAAGAAAUAUUGAUAUCGGAUAUCAAUAUCGGCCCAAACUUUUGUAUCGGUACAUUCGUAAUUUAAUUUAUUGAACUUGACUAAAUAUAGCAAAUAUUUUGGGAAAAAAAAUCACCCAAAUCCUGUUCUUAUCACUGAAAAUAAAUAUAUUUAAUCAAGCCAAAAAGAAACAGAAAGUUAGAUGCUUUAAGUACAGCAGACAUGAAAAAUCUACAAUAUUGUAUU